ACGGUCACACUAAGGCAGGGCCAAGAAGAAGAAACGUGUUUAUUUACCUUUUGGAAUGUCGAACUCUGGAGAGGAUUUCCAGGUGGUAACGCGCAAAAAAUGGAUGGCCCGCAAGUGCCUGAGGCGGCGGGAUCGCCACAAAUCCGAGAGCGAUUACUUAAUGGACUGCCCGGAUGUGAAUGUGGAUAAAUUUCAGCCACGCCUGGAGACCUUGUGCGCGGAGAUGCGCCAGAGCGACUACUUCCUGGUGGCCAUAGAAGCACUGCAGCAGCAGCUGGUUGGGCUUAAAAAGCCGCUGGAACGGAUUGUCUGCCUGGGUCUGGGACCGUUCUCCCGCACCUACCAUGCCCUUCAUCAGGCUGCCUUUGUGAGAACGCAGCGGCACCACAAGAUCAAGGAGGCCCUCUACUUCGACCCCGUAUUUAGGGACACCGAGAAAGAACUGAUCCGCAUGUUCGAUGGAUGUUUAAUGAGCGAAGACUGCGCGGGCAAACACGAGGCGACGGUGCCCACGCUCUAUUAUCUGCCACACUGCCCCUACGCUCUGAUGCACAACAUCUUGUGGUCCAACUGGAAGCGGGAGAACCUGCCCAAUGUUUUCCUCAUCUCGAACAGCUUCGAAAUGCUUACAAUGACGCCGCGAAGUCAGGAUGACCACAUAACAAGGAUUGUCGAACAUUGUAAAGAGACCACGCUGGAGGACGACUACGAGCACCACAACGUAUUCAAUGACUUAUCGUUGCACACUUUUCCACUGGAAACCCUGCCAGCCAACGAUGACGAAGUAUUUUGGACACGAUGCGCUCCCUUGAAGGUGAACGAGGAUGAGCUGAUUACGGAAGCGGAGACGACCUUUGCCGCCCUUAAGUUGGACUCGGAAUAAUUUAAGUUCUUGCUAUUUAGUUUUUAUAAGGGCACUGCAAUGGAAGUUUUCAUCAAAGUUUCAAAACAAAUCUAAUUAAAUUUUAAAUGGGAA